AUGUCUUCAGAAAAAAAGUAUCAAGGUAUCGAACAAGAGGAAAUUCUGGAAGAAGUUCGUGAGACAACUUCAUCAAGUGAAGCAUUUAAUGAAAAGACAGGGAAACCUACAGAAUUAAUAGAACAAGUACAUGUUCAAGCUGCUGAGGAUAUUCCUCCAGAAUUAGAGGCUUUACUUCAUACAGAUCCUCAAACUGGUUUAUCAACCGAAGAAGCUCAAAAACGUUUAGAACAAUUUGGUCGUAAUGAAUUAGCAGAAGUUAAAACGAAUCCUAUUAUAAAAUUCUUAUCUUACUUUACUGGGGCUAUUGCUUAUUUGAUUGAAAUAGCUUGUAUUUGUGCCGCUGUUCUCGAUUUUUCUAUCAUUUUAGCUUUACUUUUCGUUAAUGCCUUCAUUGGUUUCUUCGAAGAAGCUCGUGCUGAAUCUGCUUUAGAUGCCCUUAAACAAACUUUGGCAUUAAAAUCUCAUGUUUGGCGUGAUGGUAGUUUCGUUGAAGUUGAUGUUGCUGAAUUAGUUCCUGGUGAUAUUAUUAGUCUUCGUUUAGGUGAUAUUGUUCCAGCUGAUGCUCGUCUUUUGGGUAUUUCCGUAACUGGUGGUGAAACUGAAGGAACUUUAUCAAUUGAUCAAUCCGCUUUAACUGGUGAAUCUCUUCCCGUGGAAAAAAAGAAAAAUGACAUUGUUUAUUCUUCUUCUAUCGUAAAACAAGGUCAAAUGUUAGCUGUCGUUACAAAAACUGGUGGUAAUACUUUCAUUGGGCGUGCCGCCAAUUUGAUCUCAAUCACUGUUGAACAAGGUCAUUUCCAAAAAGUUGUUGGGGCCAUAGGAAACUUUUUAAUUUUGAUUACCGUGAUAUUAGUCUCUAUUAUCUUUAUCUAUCAAAUGAUCCGUUACAAAGACUUUUUGGAUGUUCUUAGUAGAGUAUUAGUCUUAACUAUUGCUGCUAUUCCUGUCGGUUUACCUACUGUAUUAUCCGUCACCAUGGCUGUCGGUGCUAAACAAUUAGCUGCCAAAAAAGUUAUUGUUAAACGUCUUACCGCUGUUGAAGAAAUGGCUUCUGUAUCCGUACUUUGUUCCGAUAAAACUGGUACUUUGACUCUCAAUGAACUUACCUUUGAUGAACCUUAUCUAUGUCCAGGAUAUACAAAAGAAGAUAUUCUUUUAUAUUCUUAUCUCUCUGCUGAACCGGGUGCAAAUGAUCCAAUCGAAUCUGCUAUUCGUUUCGCUGCUGAAUCCCAACUUGAUAUUCUUAAGAAUCGUGCAAAUAAACAUGAUGUUCCUGGUUAUAAGGUUACUGCAUUCGUUCCUUUUAAUCCUACUACAAAGAUGACCAAUGCUACUGUCGCUAAUCUUGAAACAAAAGAAGUUUUUAAAGUAGCAAAAGGUGCUCCUCAAGUUAUUAUUCGACUUGUUGGUGGUAAUGAAAUGGCUGUACGCGCUGUUAAUGCUUUAGCUGUUCGAGGUCUUCGUGCUCUAGGUGUUGCUCGAACUAUUCCCGGUGAUCUUGAUACUUACGAAUUAAUUGGAAUGAUUUCCCUUCUCGAUCCUCCUCGACCUGAUUCAGCUGAAACUAUUAAAAGAUGUAAUGGUUAUGGAGUUGAAGUAAAGAUGAUUACCGGUGAUCAAUUGAUUAUUGCCAAAGAAGUUGCCCGUAGACUUGGAAUGAAUCGUGUGAUUCUUGAUGCUAAUCAUUUAGUUGAUCCUGAUAAAAGUGAAGAAGAAGUUACUCAACAUUGUGAACGUGCUGAUGGUUUUGCUCAAGUUAUUCCGGAGCAUAAAUAUCGUGUAGUAGAAUUAUUACAAAAACGUGGUUUAUUAGUUGGUAUGACAGGAGAUGGUGUAAAUGAUGCUCCAGCUUUAAAAAAGGCCAAUGUUGGUAUUGCUGUUCAUGGAUGUACAGAUGCUGCUAGAUCCGCAGCAGAUAUUGUCUUAUUAGCUCCCGGUCUUUCUACUAUUGUUGAUGGAAUCACAACAUCCCGUGCUAUUUUCCAACGUAUGAGAUCUUAUGCCCUUUAUCGUAUUACAUCCACUAUUCACUUCUUAAUUUUCUUCUUUUGUAUUAUCCUUGCUGAGAAUUGGGAGAUGGCGCCUAUCCUUUUGAUUUUAAUUACCAUAUUGAAUGAUGCAGCAACUCUUGUAAUUGCUGUAGAUAAUGCAAAAAUUUCAGCCAAACCUGACAAAUGGCGACUUGGACAAUUGAUUACUUUAUCAUUUAUUUUGGGAAUCCUUUUGACAUGUGCAUCAUUUGCUCAUUUCUAUAUAGCUCAUCAUGUUUUCGGUAUUCAAAAAGAUGAUGAACGUUUAGAAACAAUUAUGUAUCUUCAUAUAUCAUCAUGUCCUCACUUUGUCAUCUUUUCAACCCGUGUCUCAGGAUUUUUCUGGGAAAAUCUUCCAUCCCCAAUUUUCUUCAUCGCUGUAAUGGGAACACAAGUAUUCGCCAUGUUUAUUUCUAUUUAUGGUGUUCUUACACCAGCUAUCGGAUGGCCAUGGGGUGUUAGCAUUAUUGGAAUUUCAUUAGGAUAUUUCUUCGUAUUAGAUUUUGUUAAAGUUAUGGUAUUCAGAUAUUGGUCAUUUGAACUUACUACUAAAUUAUGGCCAUCCAAAACUCGUAAAAAUAAAUUACGAGAUCGUAAAGCUGAUAAUAUCUACAGAAAAAAGAUAAAAAUAACCGUUGGUAAAGUUCGAAAGGUAAUACUUAUAUGUAAAGUAUUACUUGCUUUCCAACAUGCCAAACAAUCGAAAAAGAAGGCAAUCACUUCAUAA